GUCUCGUAUGGAUACGGCGGAGCGAUGCUCGCUGCCGGCGCGCUGACGCUGCGCUGCUCGGUGCCAGCCCUCGCUCAGGCGCACGCGCUCGCUCUCGUAUUCUACGGGCUGCGCCUCAAUCUGUUUCUCCUCUACCGCGAGCUGGCCCUGCCCGAGGAGAUCCACCAGAUGAAGAAGCGUGAAGCCUCGUUUGCGGGUCGGCUCAAGCGCGCGCCCGUCAUUCUUGGCUGCUCGGCGCUCUAUUACCUCAUGGCCGCGCCACUUCGGAUUUCGGCCGUGGCUCCGACCUCUGGCCCGGCGGCGGCCGCACUCGUCGCCUGCUCAUUCCUCGGCUUUGGUAUCGCCGCCUUGGGCGACACCAUCAAGACGUACGUCAAGGCCAAAGAGGGCAAGGGCUACCUGGUCACCUCCGGGCCGUUCAGAUACUUGCGCCACCCCAAUUACACGGGCGAGCUCUUCGGAUGGACGGCCAGCGCGCUGCUCGGCGCCCUCGUGGCCCUCUCGCAGGGCGCUUCUUUUGCGCGCAGCGUGCUGCCCUGGCUGAUCGGCUCGGCCGUCGGCUGGGUGGGGAUUCUAUUCGUGCUGGCGGGGGAGGCGGCCGCGGGGCUUGAGAAGAAGCAAAAGGCCAAGUACGGAGGGACGCCAAAAUACGAGGAGUGGGUCCAGGGCUCGUGGGCGGGGCCAGUGAUCGCCAUGGGAGGGUCGACUGAUAAGUAGUAGUACCAGUUGGUAAUUCAGACUGUAGCGCAUGUGUGCCAUGUCUGUUGUAUCGAGGGCGAAGAAGAAGAGCGCGCG